AUUAUUUUGCACAGAAAUAGGUAGCUGGAAGCCUGUAAAGCGUUAUUUGGUUUUUUGUUUAUUUUUGCCGGCGGAGAAGGGAGAAAGCUCCAGAAAAGUGAUUAAAAAUAGAGGAAAACCAUCCUUUUUUAUACAGUGCCGUAUUUUCCUUACUUUGUGUAACACUAGAAUUAAGAGAUGGGAGAGGAAGUAAAAAUUCGUUCACCACCUGUGCAAUGGGCAGAAAGGAAAAAUCUUGUUUAUGUCUUCUUUCAUGUCACAGAUACAAAGAAGCCUAAAAUCAAAUUGGAUACAGAUAAACUGUAUUUCAGGGCUAGAAAUGGUGAAGGACAAGAGUUUGAAACAACACUACAUUUUUUCAAGGAUGUAAAUGUGGAAACUUCAAAAUAUUCAGUGACUGACAGAGGCAUUGACUUUAUUCUUAAGAAAGUAGAAGCUGGCCCUUACUGGAACAAGCUUUUGAAAGACAACAAAAAAUAUCCAUGGUUAAAAAUAGACUUUAAUCGCUGGAGAGAUGAAGAUGAUUCAGAUAUAGAUUUAAAUGAUGAAUCAGAUUUUGAAGAGAUGAUGAAAAGAAUGAGUGGUUUACAAUCAACAAGUAAUGAUUUAAAUGAUUUGGGUUCUGAGUCUGAUGAUGAAGAAGAAAAAGUUUAAUAUGUGAUUUCCAAUACCCCAUUUGUACUAUAUUUUCGCCUUACAAAUAUUAUAUUCCUUUAUCGCAAAAUAUAUUGAAAAAUAAAAAAAAAAUUCAUUUAAA